ACACAGAAUCGUCCUUACUGAGAACGCGGAAGUGUCUUAAAAUUGUUGUAUCUGAGCCUCCGUAGACCAAACCUACUCUUUGGAGAUAAAUAUACACUUAAGUUACUCUUACGCUCUGUCCUGCAUACACAUCUAUUGCAAGAGCUCGUACCAUGGCUUUGACUGGAAGAUGACCUGCAGCCCGAGCUUAUGACUGACAGAUUCUGCCGUUCACCAGGUCACAUUUGAGGUUCCACACAGGGUGACCCAUGCUUUCUGAUGAGCUUGACUCCAAACCAGAGCUGCUGGUGCAGUUUGUGCAGAACGCGUCCAUCCCAUUGGUGCAGGGUCUGGAGGACUCGGAGUCCAAACACUGCUGCCUGCCUCUGCUGGCCCCUGCUGAGAGCUCCCUGUGCACCCACCUGGAGCUCACAGAUGGAGGCCUAAGCCACGAGCCUGAGAGUUCCCCCUCCCUGACAGAGUUUGGAGGCGUGUCAGAGCAAAGCUCAUUAGUAGUCCAGACGCACUCUCACCCACGGGCCUCACCAAGCCCUCCGCCCAUCCUCCAUGACUUACAGCAGUCAGACAACACUUCCUACGUCCUGCUGAACCUUGCGAAAGGCAUUACAGCCUCCUCAGAGUCCCUGAUCUUUGCCGCAGAUGGCGCCGGGGAUGAUGAAGAUGAGGGGGUCCCAUCAGGGGACUACGGAAUAGAUGGCAGCGCUCCCUGGUAUCUGCGGGUACAGGAGCUGGCACACGACAGCUUGAUCGCCGCCACACGGGCUCAGCUAGCGAAGGAUGCCAAGGCCAGCCAGGACGCCAGAGCUGCAAGUGUCACGAAUGGUGACCACACACACAGUCUGAUAGCAGACGGGGACAAACGAGACCUGUCUGCCAGAACGAGCCGCCCCCUCUCCAAGCAGAUGCGCUGCUCGUUUGAGGGCUGCUGCAAGACGUUCACCUGGCCCGCUCAUUUCAAAUAUCACCUCAAAACGCACAGGAAUGACCGGAUGUUCAGGUGCGGCGCAGAAGGCUGCGGGAAGAGUUUCUAUGUGCUGCAGAGGCUGCAGGUUCACAUGAGGACUCACAACGGCGAGAAGCCCUUCAUUUGCAAGGAGACGAACUGUGGCAAGAGGUUCACCACUGCUGGAAACUUGAAGAACCACAGACGCACACACACAGGAGAGAAGCCUUUUCUGUGUGAAGCAGAUGGCUGUGGGCGAUCCUUUGCAGAGUAUUCCAGUCUACGAAAACACAUGCUCGUGCAUUCUGGUGAGAAGCCUCAUGUGUGUGGGAUCUGUGGGAAGACUUUCUCUCAGUCCGGCAGCAGAAACGUCCACAUGAGGAAGAGACACGGAGAGGAGGGACUCAGUAGUGAAAGCAGAGACACAGGAGAGGCUCUGACACAAAGCAGCCUGCUGGAGGCAGACGGUGAGAAUGGAGACGGUAUGGUCACCAUGACAACAACUGUGGAACCCAUGAAUCUUCACCAUGCCAUGCUGAGAUCACCAGGCUCUGCAGACUCUGUGGUAGUUCUCUCUCAACCGCAUGAACUGGUGACCAUGACAACGGAGGGGCAUGCAUAUGGAGAAGAUGUAGUUGCUCUGCUGUAGUCCACCAUCACAACAAACAUCACACACUGCGUGUUGCAGCAGCACUGGGCUGAACUGCCACAGUGGACUACAUAUAUAGACAUGUAUCUGUAAAAAGAUGACUUUCAGACCUGUAGACCCUUGUAGAUAUUUGUAAUUAGCAACCAGUGAUGGUUUUAUUUUGACAAGCGUGAAAUGGCAAAGUUUGUACAAACAUUUUUUUUUCCUCGUGUUUUUGAGAACAAAGACUCCCAAAGAAAUACUGAGACGGGUUUUGCUAGUUUAUGAAACUAUAAUGACCAGGAAUGCUUAUGUGCUUCAUCAUUGUAAACACAAGUCUGAAAUGCAGUGAUGGUUGUUAAUGAAAAAUAAGCACCCCAAAACCUCAACGGCUGAUAAGUUAAAUUUAAAUGUACCAGACACCCAUUAUAGCCAUUAUUCUUUUGACUAAUAACGAAACACUUGACAUUAAAAACCACUCAAGCACAGUUAAUCAAAUGCUGCAUGUAAACGCUGGUAUUACAUGACUUAACAAGCCAGGCCACUCUGUUUAUCAGCCUUAGUAAAAUAGAAAACAUCUAUCUCGAAUAAAUUCUAUAUCCACUAAUCCCCAGAGGUGCAUUAACAGAGUGUGUUAUUGGUAAAAUGUUUCAUUCAGCCUCUUUAGCUUCACUUGUUCUCCGAGUAGGGCAAUGCAUUGCUCAUACAUAGCUCAAUAUAUUAACACUUGAGAAUAAUUGCUUUUUAAAAGAAAUUAAGAAUUACUCAUGAGGUUAGUUCUGCCCUUAUAAAACCAACACCAGCUGUCUGCUGCUCUUAGAUAAGGUAGUGCACAUUACUUGAGUGUGGUUAGUGAGCGCCACCUAAAAUCAGCUUCUCGUUGUCAGUGUACGCUCCUCACUUCUCAGUGAAUCUUCAGGUAGUGGAAGUGAUCCAAUGUAGCACCCAGUGCCCAGCUAGCCUCCACAUUAUUCACUUUCUUGGUUAGCUAAGGAGGGAAAAAAACAAAACACCAAAUCACUCAAAGGAUUUUUGUAUUUACGGAAAUAAAAAAGGUAAUGGAG